AUGAGCUCCAAUCCAAAAAUACUGGGACGAUUUUUUAGUGAACAAGGUCGUCAAAAUUAUGCUUAUAUCACUGAAGAAAAUGAGACACAGUUGAUAAUUCCAUCAUCACGUCAACAAUAUUUUCGAACAGCUAUUAGACAUGAUCAACAGUCAAAGAAGAAGUUCCCUCGUCAGCUCGCAUCGCAGGGUGAACACAAACUUAAUAAUCUUGAAAAUAAAGCACAACAUAAUAAUGACUUAUUAGAGACAUCGACAAUUACUCGUGCCAUAUUAGUACCAGAAAAUCAAAAGAAUAAUGUUGUCGUUGUCUCAGACAUACCACAAUAUACUAUUGUUGAAACAGAUCAAAGUUCUCAUCGCAAUAUGAAAACAGGUAGUCAGAGAUUUCGUUGGAAUCUUUUGUUUAAUUUUCUUGUUUGGUUGAUUGUACCACUUCCAUUUUGGAUACCUUUUGUAUUCAACAAUCUUACCUAUUAUUUAUUACCAUGCAUCCAAGUUAUUGCAAUAUUGGCACUGAAAAAUUCUUUAAUAUUGUACCUGAAUCAUUCUCGUAAUUUUGCUAAAGAAUAUACUACUUACGAGAAGAUACCCAUUCGUCAUAUUGUGGCUAUUAGUUGUUACAAAGAACCAGUAGAUUUGAUUGCAAGAAGUGUUCAAACGCUAGCAGAUCAAACAGAAGUUCAUCGAAUAAUAAUGGUCAUCUCAUUUGAACAGCGAACGCCAGAUAAAGAAAAGAAAUGUCAAUUUCUUCAAGAAAAAUUUCAAAAUUGUGGUUUCGAACGGAUGAUAUUUACAAUUCAUCCAUAUGGUUUGCCUAAUGAAAUACCUGGAAAAUGUUCUAAUUCAAAUUAUGGUCUACGUAUGGCCGUCAAAGAAAUGAAUAUUGCUGAUGAUGAAAUGGACAAUAUUUUGGUGACAACUUGUGAUGCAGAUUCUAAAUUUCCACCUCAAUAUAUUGCUGCAUUAACUAACAAAUAUUUAACAGAGAAUCGGCCAGCACUAAGCACUAUCUAUCAGUCACCUUUGUUUUAUAACUGGAAAUUGGAUGGUCUAUCGUUUGUUACUCGUGUAACGGGGUUGUUACGAAGUUUUCUUAUGUUAGGUGCACUUAUCCCAUUCAAUAUUAAUACAAUGAGCAUUUUCUCAUUCUCAUUAAGUCUAGCAAAAAAAGGAGAUUUCGUUCAUCCUGGCUAUCAAAUGGACGAUAUUAUUUGUCUCAUUCGAUGGAUGGGUGUAACACAACAACGAUUGCGAAUAUCAAUGAUACCUGUACCAGUAUUGAGUGGACCCACAUCUGGAGAAACAAUCGAAAAAGAAAUCAUAGAAUGGGCAAGACAAGCACGUCGUUGGACAAUUGGAGCAGCUGAAGUAUUCCAUUAUUUUGUCAUCAAAGCAAGACGAAUGCCAAAAAUAGCUGCAUGUUCUUGGGGCAUUACUUUUAUUAUUUACUAUGGUAUUUUAUUAUGUACUGGUGGCUUGUUUGGUCUAACAACGACUUUAUCAAUGACUUUACUUAUCAAAAAUGUUCCACCAGUUAUCACUUAUGUUAUGUAUGGUCUAUUGGCUUUACAAAUGUUAACAUUUUCAAUUGCAUUUCUCAUCGAUGCAUUCAUUCCCAAACUAAUGCAUGUUGAUGAAUGUAUUUUUAUUCCACGAAAUUUAUUUCAUUUCAUCACCACACCAUUUGUCCUCUUAGGUUAUUCAUUUGUCGAAUUUUAUGCAUUACAUGAAGUUGUUAUUUUUGGCAAGAAAGUAUGCAAACAUGGUGCAUCAGCGAAACCAAUUCUCUAA